AUGCCGCUGGCGCAAAGUCAGGCCGCCGCCGCGGCCUCACCCUCGGCCGCAGGGCACACGCUCGUCGGGGAGCCCGGCGUCGGGAUGGACUUCCAUCAUGCGCACCACCACCGGAAGGGCAGCCACACGGGGGCCUUUUGGCCCGCCCGUGAGACGAUCGCCCCGCAGGACGACCCGGCCGAGGCUGCCCCCGCCUACUUCACCGGCCCGCGGAUGGACCUGGACGCGGGUGCCGCCGACCAGACAUGGAAAAACUCCAGCGAAAAGCUUCCGAGCUUGCACCUGACUGGCAACCAGGACUCGAUCAAGCGCCACUGCUCUGUGGCCCCCAGCUCCAGUCAGCCGGAGCUCCAUUCUGCCGAGGAUCAGGCAGCUAUUGUGUUGCUCCAGCAGCAGCAGCAGCAGCAGCAGCAGCAGUUCCACCAGCUUCAGGGGGAGUAUCUUUCGCCGCAGCCGCCCCCUCCCGGGGCGACCACCUUGCCCAGCGCCACUGCCGACAGCGCGGCGGCCCCUGCCGCCUCGCCUGGGAUGUACUCGGUCGACAACGGCCCCGCGACAUCCCCCCAGCGCGGCCAGCCAGGCCAGGUGCGCACCCCGCUCCAGGCACCACCCUACCAACAGUCGUCGACGCCCUACCAGUCGACAUCGUACCAGCUGUCUCCGCAGUCCUACGGCCAACAGCAGCAGCAGCAGCAGCUGCUACUGCAAUCCUACAUCCAGCAGCAGACGCGGCAGCUUCCCGCCACGAGCAGCACCGCUGGCAAUUCCCAAGCCGACCAGCAGCACCUGCUGCUGCCCGCGGCUGGUGCCGUGAACGCCGGCUUCCCCUCGGCCACAGCAGGCAGCACUCCCAUCGCUGCCCAGUACGUCCAGUCGGCCGGCAGCCAGUACGCACUGGCUCCCCAGUCAGCCUCGUACUCCCCGUCUCCCUAUCAGCCAGCAGGCUCGUACACACAGUCGGCCUCUCCGCAGUACCUUCUGCAGCAGCUGGCCCCAGCCCAACAGUCGGGCCAAUAUCACGGCCAGUCGCAGCCGCCGCCGCCGCCGUCGUCGCAGCAACAGCAGCAGCAGCAACAACAACAACAACAACAACAACCUCACAACGGUGCCUGGGCUCUCGCGUCCGGCCAGCACCAGCCGAUCACCGAGCCGCAUCACGGCGACAUGCCGCCAGCCAGUGAUGCCUACCUCCUGGACGCCGGGCUCCUGCUGCCGAAUGGAGGCAAGGUCACCGGGCUCCUUUCUUCGGCCUCCGCGAGCGGGCUGUCCGGGUCGGCCGGGCCAGCGGAGGAAGGCCCGCCGGUCCUCGGGGACUCGGGGCUCGCGUGCGGGCGCCCGCCCACUGGCAUGGCCCUUCUCAUGGACCCGGCGGGUCCCUCUCAGGGGGGGCCCGGCGCGGCCGGGGCCACCAUCGGCCCGGCUGCGGCCGCGGGAAACACCCCCCACGGCGCCAUCGCCGCCACUCCGAGCGGUGGGAAUCCGAUGCCGGAGGCCUCCCCCUCCGACGAGGCAUUCGGCUUCCUCUCGGCACUGGUCAACACCGGCACGGGGGCCGGCGGCAUGGCAGGUGGCCAGCCGCUCAAGCGCCGCCGCCAGCAGCUGGAUGACAUGCAGCAUCUCAUCAGCAGCGCCGGCCUCGGCAGCAGCAGCACCGGCGCCCUGUCCACAGCAGACCCGGAGGACGACAUGCUGCGAACCGCCGACAUGGCGGAGUACCUUCAGGCGCCCGGGGCUGGCGGCGGCCCCGGCGGCGGGGGCGGCACCGCCCGCCGGUCAUCCUCCUCGCCCCCCGGCGGGGUGGGCGAUCUGUCGGACCCGCAAUCCGCCGGCGAGGAGCUGGCCGAUGCCGACACGCGCCAAUCGGCCGCCGGGGCAGCCGGUGCCGCCAGCGGCGCCGGCCAGCGCCGGGGAAAGAGCAUGCGCCAGCGCCGCAGCGAGAUCGAGCAGCGCUCCCGGCAACUCCAGCGCCGCAACUUCCAGUACAUCACCGAGACCCUGAUCGAUCGCAGCCUGACCGAGGCGGCCGUCAUGCGGUGUGAGAGCGUCGCGCAGCACACUCUCUCGGCGCAGCUCCGUGGCAUUGUCGAGCAGUUCAAAAACCAGAGCACCACCGACCAGCUCAAGGGCGAUGGCACCAGCGCGAGCCUCUUCCCCAUGCCGGAGCCCAAUCUCAUCAAAAACAAGGAGCAGGUCCAGGAGUACAUCAAGUCGCUGAAUGCCCUGCCCAAUCAGAAUGUCCCCUCGCGCACGGUCCAGUCCAAGAUGUACACCUUUCUGCGGAAUAUCUUCGACGCCGGGUCAGUAGAGGGGCGCCGGCGUUUCCGGUGGGAUGUCAGCACGGAAUUCACCGGCGUCGACGUCAAGCUCAUGCGCAUGUGGCUGGACAUCUUCCUGGCCCAGUUCCUUGCCGCCAGCAUCCAGAGCACCCACCACGUGGGGAAGGAGUCCUAUGCGGCGGCGCUGGCAUCCAGCUCCGGUGCCGGCCGGGGGCUGGCCGGGUCGGAGGCCCCCGGGUCGCACUUGGCACCGGCGGCGCAUCAUCAUCUGCUGGCGGCGGCAGUCUAUGACGGGGGAAUGGCCGUCGAGCAGGCGGCACAGCAUUCGACAUCGACAAGCCCGCCGGCCGGGGCCGGCGGCGGAGGGGCCCCCGAUCCGCAGCCCCAGUCGGGCUACCACCAUGCAGGUGCCCUUGGAUUUGGCGAGCCCGCCACCUCGGCCGCGGCGCACUCGGCCAUCUUUCACCAGCAGGCGAACCAAUUCCACCUCCAGCAGCAGCAGGUCGAGCGGGACCUGCAGCAGCAGCAGCAGCUCCACCAUGGGCUCCAGCACCAGCAACAGGUCCACCAGCUUCAGCGACGUAUCCAGGCCCAGCAGCAGCUGGCCCUGCUGACCCAGGCGACGGGGCCGGCCACGGUCGGCGCCACCCCCUCCCCGGGGGGGGGUGACCCGGCCGCGGCCGCCCCGGCCAUGCACUUUGUCGCGGAUCAAGUCCACACCGCGGGACGCCCACAACAGACCAGCAGCCACGGGCCGGGCAUGGUUGCCGGGGUGUAUGGCCUCGGCGAGUCGCUUUCCACCCACCAGCAGCAGCAGCAGCAGCAGCAGCAGCAACAGCACCAUCCCCACGGCGGAUUCGGUGGUUCCGCGGGCGGAACGCUUCCGGUGGCCGCCGCAGGGGGACCAGAUGCGGUGGAGUAUGGCCCGAAUAGCGGGCACACGCCCCCCGUGGCGCCGCACCACCACCAGCACCACCACCAGCCGGCACAUCACCACCAUCAUCAGCACCGGAUACCGGCGGUCCUGUCGCCGGCCGAGGCGAUGGCCGAGACCGGCCCGGCCAUGACUGGCAGCUACUUCAAACUGUCGGCCACGCCGCCGAUCAUCAAACAGCCGCCCGCCACGACGUCGCCGCCGCCGCCGCCGCCGCCGUCGACCACGGCCACGGCGCUGGUCAGCAGCCUCACCGGAGCCGGGCCUGGAUGGGCCGACCCGCGCAAUGGCGCCGCCGGCGCCAAUGGCGGCGCCACCUACGAGCAACAAUACUUCGCCCCGCAGCCGCCGCCGCCGCAGCAGCAGCAGCAGCAGCAGCAGCCGCAGCAGCCGCAGUACCCCCUGCAUUUGGUGACGGGCCUGGGCGAGGGCCCCGGGCCCGGGGCCACGGCCGCCAUUUUGGCCUCCUCGCUGCCUGGGCUGUUCGAGCAAUUGGGGGCCGUGGCGGCACCGCGAACGGCGGGCCCGGCAGCCACCAGCCCCGGGCGGUCGUCGGAUGCGGCUCCCGCGGCCGGGCCCGGGGGCAGUGCGGGCCCCUGCCCGCGGCUGGAUUCGCCCCUGGUGGCCGCCACCACGGGGGUCCUCAUGGCCACCGGGUCGGGGGGCAUCAUGCGCCUGCAGCCGCAGCCGCAGCCGCAGCACCAACAGUCGCACAACCUCCACAACUUGCAGCUCCAGCUUCAGAUCCAGAAGCUCCAGCAGCAGCAACUGUUGCAACAGCAGCAGCAGCAGCAGCAGCAACAGCAGCGACAAGAGCAGGACCCGACGGCCGGGGAUAGAUUCCCAAGCCCGGCGCCGGGGGUGGCGACGAUCGCCCCGGGCUCGGCCCCGGUCGCCGCCGGGACCACCAUGGCUGCCGCCCAAUCGGGCGAUGCGCUGUUCCUCAGCCAGUAUGCCGCGGUGCUGUCCCAACUGACAGCAGCCGACCAGCCGGCGGCGGCCACGCACCAUCCCCACCAGGGACAUGCUGCCGCUGCUGCUGCUGCUGCUGCUGCUGGGAACCCCGCCGGGGGGCCGGCAUUGCCGGGGCCGUUAUUCGCCCCGCCGAUGGCCGCGGCCCAUCAACAGACACAACUCCCCCCCUCUGGCGGAGGGGGGGGACUCACGGCAGCCGCAUCGCCGGUGGCGGGCUCCAGCCCCGGGGGGGCGAGCGCCACCGCCGGGACGGCAGCGCCCCCGACGGCGGCCGGUAGCCACCAGCAACACCAUGCCUUCAUCCUGCAUCAUGCUGUGGCCGGUGGCGGGAGAGCGGCCACGGCGACCGGCGGCAGCACGACCGCACCCGACUCAGACAUUUUGCCGCCAGCCUCGCAGGCGGUCUUGCUGCACCUUCAGCAGCAGCAGCAGCAGCAGCAGCAGCAGCAGCAGCAGCAAUCGCAUGACGGCUUCAUCCGCCUGGUCGCGGCGGCGGCCGCCCCGACACCGCCGCAACAGGGGGCCCAGCAGUUUGCCGACGACGCCCGCCCUUGGGACUACCACCAGCAGCAAGCGAGCGGCUCCGGCGACAUACCCCCCUCCGGCGGCGGCGGCGGCGGCGGGUCAUACUAG